AUGACACAAACAGAUGACCCAGAUGAUCCAUUUGACUACGAUACCAUUGAGAUCCCAACUGUGAUGGGUCUCUUGAGGAAUAUUCUUACACAAUAUCCUGAUAAUGGACAAAUAAUUAAGGAACUUGUUCAAAAUGCUGAGGAUGCUGGAGCCACAGCUGUUGAGGUAGUACAUGAUGCCAGAGAGCUGCAGUGUUCAGGGGCUAAGGAUGUUAUUCAGAGAUUUUUAAAGGGACCUGCACUCUGUCUCUUCAAUAAUUCAAAUUUUACCAAGGAAGAUUGGCAUGGCAUACGUAAACUCAGUGACAGCAUCAAAAAAGAUGAUCCUCUGAAAGUUGGACAGUUUGGGCUAGGAUUCAAGUCGGUAUUUCACCUUACUGAUUUUGUCACAAUUCUCAGUGGUCAUAAAGUGCUCUUUAUGGAUCCAGGUGAGCCAGAAAAGCACAUGUGUCGCAUCAUAUCUUUGAGCAAUUUAACGAGUAUCUGUCCUCUUGAAGAAUGUCUGCACCUAUGGAGUGACUACUUGAGCAAACAAAACCUAACUGAUGGCUAUUUACCUGCUACUAUAUUCUGGUUUCCACUGAGGCAAAGCCCUUCAGAAGUAUCGGGCACUAUUUACACACACAGUCAUGUUGAAAGAUUGUUUGAAUCAUUUAGCGUGGAGGCUCCUGUUUGUUUAACCUUUUUAAAAUCCUUAGAAAAAAUAAGUCUUAAAAUCAUUGAAAAUGAAGAGCUUCCAACUAUUAUCCAUCAAGUAGAACUCGCCAGUCCAUCCAUGUUGGAGGUUCAGCAGAAGAGAGAAGAUUUUAGAAAGAAACUCAAAGAGUGUAAUGGAUUUCCAGCUCAGAAAGUUAUUUGUGAUUAUAAGGUUACAGUCCUAAGUAAAAGAGGGAAAGAUUUGAAAGUGCAGACUAUGUGGGUUCUUCAUUAUUUGCCAGGUACAAGUGAGGCCUCUUCAGUAACCUGGAGAGGAAAGAAGAGUAACAGCCAUAUGCCUUUAGUUGGUGUAGCAGCACCCUUGAACCCUCAUGAACCCUCAUUGUCUCAAGGCCACAUAUUCUGCUUCCUACCAUUACCUUUGGAAAGUGCCAACAAUACUGGUCUCCCUGUACAGAUCAAUGGAUUCUUUGCACUUAACCAAAACAGAAGACAUGUUAAUUGGAAGACAAGGGAGAGCAGCAAUGAGCCAGAUGUAA